CCUAAUUUCCCCCCUUGAAACUCCCAACUUUACAAACACACCGUUCUUUAAAACUUUUAACUCCAUGCCCAUUGCCAUUUUUUCUUCUUCCCUAUAUAUAUAUAUAUUUUUCUGAUGAGACUCUUAAUCUUUACAUACAACAGGAACUUUGUGGUACUAGGAGGAGAGGAGGGGUUCCAAAUGCUCGUUGAUGCCUUGGUUUGGGAUUCAGAUGCCUUACGUUGUUGCAUAUUGCAUCAUGUUCCUUCAACUGGCCAUGCUUGUGUUUGGGAAUCAUGGAUCACUUAAUCUCCUGGGAAUGUUAAAAUCAGAAGCAAAGAAGGUAUUAAACUGGGACGUGUUUUUCAAGAAGACUGUCAAAUAUGUUGGAGAGCCAAUGGCCCACUUGGAAUCCAUUGCUUCCUCUGUGCUGAAGAAAAGCCUGUCUUCUAUUCAAAUAAAUGGAGGUGAAACUUUAAAUGUGCAGCACAAUAAGAGCUCUGCUUCUGUUCAAAUAAAUGGAGGUGAAACUGUAAAUGUUGGAGUGGAGGUAGCUAAUUCGGAAGUAGAAUACAUUGAAUCUGAGAACUUGAGUGAUCUAGAAGAUGUUGAUACAUGUCUUAAGGGUGUUGAGGGAAUUAAAGCAUAUGGAGUUGACAAAUUGAUACAAUUAGCUGCAUCCCAACUAAGCGACCAGCUCUCAGAGUCACAGAAGGCUGCUCGAACCCUUCUUUUGGAGCUGCAAACUGUAUAUGAGAAGUCCCACAGUCUCUCAACUGUAGGACCUGAGAAUCCAGAGAUGGGCUCUUGGGAGAACUUUUGUCUGUCAAAGCUCUCUCCUUUAAGUGCACAAGCAGUGCUUCGUGUGACAACAAACAUCGCUCGAGAAGGUCUUGUUAUUGGUUCCUAACGAUAUUGAAGGUGUAGCAGAGGAUUCAAUCUCUUCAAGCUGGAAAAGCCAAGGCUUAGCACUUCUUCAAGUGGAAUGUUAUUUAAUGUUGCAUUCCAUGGGUCUUUUAUCUUAGUCAGAACUUGAAUUUGGUGUUAUUGAAAUAGGGUUUUGUAGCUACCUUGUGUACUAGCUUCUUUAACCAUGAUUGUUAAUUAUUACGUGUUUUGUAGCUUCUUUUAUAAUUGGCCGAGUUAAUAUAGAUCAGAUGAACUGUGAGGUAGAUUGCUGAUUUAUUUAAACAUAAUAUUUGAAUUCUAAAUUUAAAUUCAUUAAUUUUUA